AUGCGAAAGUUGGAAAAGGGCCACAUGGGCGUGGAGGCUGAUGGUCGGCAGCUACACCAUUUACGCUUUGCUGAUGACAUCGUACUGAUAACACCUAGCAUCAGCCAAGCGGAACCAAUGCUGACCGAAUUCGAAGAAACAUGUGGAUACAUCGGUCUUCGGCUGAAUCUGCAAAAGACGAUGUUCAUGCGCAACGGAUGGGUCUCAGAUGCCCUAUUCACGCUCAACGGAACGAACAUACCGAAAUACCAUAAAGAGGGGCAUGACAGGUCGCAUGGCGUCGAUUUGUGCGUAGACGCCACAAUGGAAUUGGCCGAAGCAGCAGAGGAGGAUAAGAGAAUUGGCUACGCCCAUCGGAACUUCGCCUAUCGUAAAACAAAAAUGACUGUUCUCCAGAAUCCAGAUGGAACAACUACAAAAAGGAGAUGGGCAAGGUCGUUCACGACUUCUACUCAGAUAUCUUUGACAGCCACGUCUACUUGCCUUCUCCCCAUCUGCGAGAAAACGGACAUUUUAUUCUAG